CUACUCACGUUGGACUUGUAAACAAAAACAUUUCAACAUUUCUUGAAGGGGGUGGAGUCAAUUCCAUCUUCGAAAAAAUGUCUUCCAAUUAUCAAUCCAAAAAAUUGGACAAAAAACAAAAACGCUGUGUCGCCAUCAUCCAAAAUGAAUGCAAGAUUGAGCCGGUGGCAGAUGGUAUAUCCAAAUAUGUGGCCAUACUCAAUGCCGGCCUAUCGACAGGGCUAACCGAAGAGCUCGUUUUGGAGACCGUGGAGAAAUUUGGAAAAAUAACAAGACUACUCAUGCUGCCCAACAAAUCGUAUUGCUUUAUGGAGUGUAGCUCUACCGAGGAUGCCCAAAACAUUGUUCAGAAUAUGAAUGGAAUUUCGAAAAUUGGACAAAAGGAGGCUGUUGUUUAUCUGAGCUAUUUUGACAGUCUCCCCCAGGCAGAGGAUUCAAAUUGGCUUAAACCAUUACCCAAAGGAUUGGUUAUUUUGAAUGAUUUUGUAACGGAGGAGGAGGAAAAGCUACUACUGGACGUCAUAAAAAUGGAUAAUGUUGAGGUGGAUGCUGCAUUAAAACAUCGGCGCGUUAAACAUUUUGGUUAUGAAUUUAUUUAUGGAAAGAACAAUGUGGAUCCCCACAAGCCCUUGACCAAUAAAAUUCCUCAGAAAUGUGACGCUUUGUGGCCUCGUUUGGAGUCAAUCAGUAAAUCUUGUAACUAUGACUUUGAUUGGUAUGUUCCCGAUCAAUUGACAGUCAAUUCCUAUGAGCCUGGUCAGGGAAUACCACCACAUGUUGAUACCCACAGUGCCUUUUUGGACCCCAUUCUCUCUUUGUCUCUAGAGAGUGAUGUUGUUUUGGAGUUUCGUAAGGGAUUGGAAAAACGUUCAGUUCUGCUACCACGUCGCUCCUUGUUGGUUAUGUCUGGAGAGGCGCGUUAUGAUUGGACCCAUGGCAUAACUCCUCGUGUUUUGGAUGUUGUAAUGACUGCCAAUGGCAAUUUAUCUACUCGACGACGUUCUAAACGCACUUCACUCACCUUUCGCAGGCUUAGAAGAGCGCCAUGUAAUUGCAAUUUCCCUCUGCUUUGUGAUACCAAAUUGGAGGCAUUGAAACGUACAGAGUCCACAAUAGAAAGCGAGAAAGCUGCACUUUUGGAAGAGAAAAAUGUGCACAACGUUUAUGAUCACAUUGCGGAGCAUUUCAGUGAAACAAGGCAUUCACCCUGGCCUCAAGUGGCGGAUUUCCUAAAGAGUUUUCCACAAUCUUCCAUACUGCUGGAUGUGGGCUGUGGUAAUGGGAAAUAUUUGAAUUGUAAUCCCAAUCUGCUUAACAUAGGCUGUGAUCGUAGCAGUGGUCUUCUCAAGGUGUGUUCCUCUCUCAACUAUCAAACCUUUCGCUGUGACUGCAUUCAUGUACCAGUCAGAUCCAAUAGCGUCGAUGGCUGCAUAAGUAUUGCAGUCAUACAUCAUUUAGCCACCAAGGAAAGACGUCUCAUGGCCAUCAAAGAACUUGCCCGUAUCUUAAGACCCUCCGGACAGGGUCUAAUUUAUGUCUGGGCCAAAGAUCAAAAUGCUAACAAUAAAAAGUCAUCUUAUUUGAGACAAAAUAAAUCGGUUAAUAAACAAAAAGCCACCGAAGAACAACAAAGACAACAAACGCAACAACAACUCGAGGAGAAGGCCAAAGAGGCUCCGGUUUCCCUGCCCGUUCAUACAAAUCGUACGGAGUUCUUGCAGCAGGAUGUUCUGGUGCCAUGGAAAGUGAAAAAUGCAUCAGCACAGCAAAGCGAGGCGGAGAAGUCGACGUUCUUGCGUUACUAUCAUGUUUUCGAGGAAAAUGAACUGGAGUCAUUAAUUGGCGAGGUGAAUGAUAUCAAACUUGUUAAAAGCUAUUAUGAUCAGGGUAAUCACUGUGUAAUAUUUGAGAAGCUUUCGAAAAGUUUGUGAUUUAAUGGAGCGUCUUGACGUAGGAGGGACUUGUAACUGUAAUUUAAAUAAAAUUGACUUUUUUCAUAAGCAUAAGGAUAAUAAACCACAUUCUAUU